UUCGUGCGCAGAGCUAUUCAUCACGUAUCAAUAAUAAUCUUUAUCAGUUUUAAUUAUUUACAUAGAUAAAAAGCUCUUCAAAAUGUCUCGCUUUAGCGGUGCCCUGCAACUCACAGACUUGGAUGAUUUUAUUACGCCGUCGCAGGAAUGCAUUAAACCCGUUAAGAUCGAGACUAGCAAGUCGAAAACUGGAUCGAAAAUUACUAUUCAAGAGGAUGGAUCUUACAUGCAGGCAACUUCAAGUGGCCUUCAAAAAUUGGAAAAAGUGGAAAUCACUCUGGCCGAUUGCCUUGCAUGUUCCGGCUGUAUCACUUCGGCGGAAGGCGUCCUGAUAACGCAGCAGAGUCAGGAAGAGUUGCUGAGGGUGAUGAACGAAAAUAAUUUGGCCAAGCUUAACAAUCAGCUGGACGCAGUCCGGUACAUAGUGUUCACCGUCGCGCAACAACCAAUCUUAUCGCUUGCAAGAAGAUACAAUCUAAACCCAGAGGAAACGUUCGAGCGCGUUGCAGGCUACUUCAAGCAGCUCGGUGCGGACAUGGUUGUUGAUACGAAAAUAGCCGAUGACCUGGCGCUGAUUGAAAGUCGGAAUGAGUUUGUGGAACGGUACAACACGAACAGGCAAACACUGCCAAUGUUGGCUUCGUCUUGUCCCGGAUGGGUUUGCUAUGCUGAAAAGACUCAUGGGAAUUUUAUUCUGCCGUUCAUUGCAACGACGAGAUCGCCUCAGCAAAUUAUGGGCGUUCUAGUGAAGAAAUAUUUGGCAAAGGUGUUGGGCAUCAGUGGUGAUCGGAUCUAUCAUGUUACGGUUAUGCCUUGCUACGACAAAAAGCUGGAAGCUUCGAGGGAAGAUUUCUUCUCGGACGUGGACAAUUGCCGAGAUGUUGAUUGUGUGAUAACGUCCAUUGAAGUCGAGCAAAUGCUGGAUGAAACGGGAAUUGAAGAACUUCAAAUCGUGGAUAAAUCUCCCAUCGAUUGGCCGUGGCCUACGGGGCGUCCACCGGUGUUUGUGUGGGCUCACGAAACUUCCGGAUCCGGUGGAUAUAGCGAAUACAUCUUCAAGUACGCCGCCCGAAAACUUUUUAAUAUCCACAUUGAGCACGUAGAGUUCAAAAAUCUUCGUAACAACGAUCUUCGCGAGGCGGUACUGGAGCAAAAUGGAGAGGUGUUGCUUAGGUUUGCGGUUGCAAACGGAUUUAGGAACAUCCAGAACAUGGUUCAGAAACUAAAGCGCGGCAAGUGUACGUAUCACUUCAUCGAGAUAAUGGCCUGUCCUUCUGGUUGCCUGAAUGGAGGCGCCCAGGUUCGACCGUCCAACGGGCAGACGCCCCGGGGGUUGACCACGGACUUGGAAGCAAUGUACAGAAUGCUGCCGCAGUCGAAUCCGGAAAACGAAGCGGUAGAGACGGUGUACACGACCUUUUUGGACAAUGCGGGCGAUAAUAACAAACGGAAGGAGUUUCUGCACACCAGUUACCAUCAUAUUGAGAAGAUGAAUACUGCGUUGAAUAUUAAAUGGUGAUUUUUUUUUUGUUGAGAUGCUUAUAUGAUAAGCCUAUC